GAUGGAGGCAUUUGGGGGGCUGGCAAGCGUCCUCCCCUCCCCAGCUCCCCUCUGGCCACUGGAACAGGUUUCAGGAGAGCUUUGCAAAUGCUGUGGUGUGUGGAAAGCUUAUUGGAGCCAGGUUGCAAAAUCAACUCCAGGCUCCUCUUCAAACACAGAGUCCCAUGAGCUGUCCCGUUCCAAACUCACCUUUCCUGCUUCGCCAGACGCGUCCCCUCCCACCAGGCACAGCUGGGACACAGGACAGAGAGCAGCAGGAGCUGGUUUGGCAGCAGAAGCUCUGGGUGCCGAGACCUCGCCCCACUCCCCGCGUGUCCAUCGCUGCAGCAGAGGUGCCAUGGGGCCAGGCUGUGCCACUGUCCUGGGCUGGCUCCUGCUGGCACAGGCGGCCCUGCAGGCCACAGGCGGCCGUCCCUGCGAUGCCAAGGAUUUUGGGCACGGCUCCCUGGUGUGUGCCUGCAGUGCCACGUACUGUGACACGUUGGACCCCCUGGUCCUGCCAGCACCAGGUUCCUACGUCAAAUAUGAGAGCAGCAAGGCCGGCAAGCGGCUGGAGAGGAGCGAGGGGAAAUUCCAGCACAACGCUGAGAGCCCAGAUUUCCACCUCACCCUGGACACAGCGCAGAGGUACCAGAAGGUGAAGGGCUUUGGUGGUUCCAUCACCGACGCGGCCGCCAUCAACAUCCAGUCGCUGUCCAAGGAUGCCCAGAAGCAUCUGCUGCGCUCCUACUUCUCCGAGGAAGGCAUUGAGUACAACCUGGUGCGUGUGCCCAUGGCCAGCACCGACUUCUCCGUCCGCCUGUACACCUACGCCGACGCCGAGGGCGACUUUGAGCUGAGGCACUUCAACCUGACAGAGGAGGACACGCACAUGAAGAUCCCCAUCCUCCAAGCAGCCCAGGCAGUGGCCAAGCGGCCGCUGUCGCUCUAUGCCAGCCCUUGGACCUCCCCGGUGUGGAUGAAGACGAACGGAGCAAUGACAGGGAGGGGGACACUGAAGGGCAGCCCUGGGGACAAGUACCACCGGGCCUGGGCCAAGUACUUUAUCCGCUUCCUGGAUGAAUACGCCAAGCACAACCUGACCUUCUGGGCAGUGACAGCAGGGAACGAGCCCACGGCUGGGGAGAUCAUCUUCUACCCCUUCCAGUGCCUGGGCUUCUCCCCUGAGCACCAGCGGGACUUCAUCGCUCAGGACCUGGGCCCGGCGCUGGCCAACAGCUCCCACCGCCACGUCCAGCUCAUCAUCCUGGAUGACCAGAGGGUGAUGCUGCCCUACUGGGCCGAGGUGGUUCUCAAAGACCCUGUGGCUGCCAGUUACAUCAGCGGCAUCGGCAUCCACUGGUACCUGGAUUUUCUGGCACCCAUUGACCUGACGCUCUCCAUCACCCAUCACCUCUUCCCAGACUAUUUCCUCCUCUCCACGGAGGCCUCCGCAGGCUCCUAUUUCUGGGAGCCUAGGGUGGUCUUGGGUGGCUGGGACCGUGGGAGCAAGUACAGCCACAGCAUUCUGUCGAACCUCAACAACUACGUGACAGGCUGGACUGACUGGAACCUGGCCCUGGACAUGGAGGGAGGCCCCAACUGGAGCAAGAACUACGUGGACAGCCCCGUCAUUGUGGACAGCAGCAAGGACGUCUUCUACAAGCAGCCCAUGUUCUACCACCUUGGGCAUUUCAGCAAGUUCAUCCCCGAGGGCUCCCAGCGCGUGGGACUGGCCGUGUCCAAGAAAUGCCACCGCUGUGACCUGGAGCACUCGGCUUUCCUGCGCCCCGAUGGUGCCGUUGUCCUGGUGGUCCUGAACCGCUCCGCCAUGGACGUGUCCUUUGGGAUCUCUGACCCGCACGUCGGCUUCAUCGAGGCCGUGGCUCCCAGCGACUCCAUCCAGACGUUCCUCUGGCAGCAGCCAGCCUAGCCUGGCAGAGCAGUGAGGUGCCAGCACCAGGAACACGGUGCUGGUGGCAGCUUGGAGAGGUGACUCCAAUGGGGUCGGGGCUGCAGCACAGCCCCUGCAGCCCCCUGUGCCCCAGGGGACCUGUUUGACCCCAGGGCUGCAACGCCUGUGCUUUUCUAGAUGUUUCAUAAAAUAAACAGGUUUUCUACAAACUUUCCUGAACCCCUGACCUCCCCUUGGUGCCAGCUCAGUGGGCAGGACUAUGCCAGGGGCCAGAGGAGGCAGAUUUGAGGCCCUGUGGGUCCCAUCCCUCUUGUGCCCAGGUUCUUGAGGCAUCCCACAGGGCUGGGGAU